GCUGAAAAGGACAAACCUAUAGAGAACUUACCAAACCAUCAUCAAGAACAGUCCGACGAAUAUGAAAACAUAAUUCUUAAUACCGGUUGCUAUCAAGAAAACCAAGAAUUGCAAUUAUGUUUUACGAAUAAGCGUGACUGGAGAUUGUGCAAAGUGGAAUUAGAGAAAUUUAAAGAAUGCUGGAAAAAAAACAAAAAGAAACAGUUCGAUGAAUCUGAUGGGCGGCAAUAA